AUGACUGGCGUCUCAGUCACAUCGACCGCCGUUUCAUUCCUUAACAAGCUACGCGGAAAGUCUAAUCCGUACGAAAAGGCACAUCACACUCGGUCCAAUAUCACUUCACCAAACGACACAACAAAUCAACCGCGAAAUAUUGUCCCACAAAACGAUUUGUUAGCAGAAGCACGUGAAGCAGCAGGUCUCGACAGAGUCACGGGUCGUCGACGCACACAUGUCGCAGUCCAAACACCCCAUCAACAGCAGUUAGCAGUUCACGGUACUCACCAGACGCCUGCAGAACAGAAAGCAGCGUAUCUGGCGUGGGCUGCACAGAGGCCGCAAGAGAGGGGACAGCCAUAUGGCAGUUAUGAGGAGUUUGUACGGGAGAUGAUUGAGAAGAGGGAUGGGAGAAGGGACCCUGCAGGUGGGUUGUCGAGUUAUUAUGCGCCGGAGAGGAGGGUGGAGGAAUAUUAUUAUCAGGCAAUGAGGGACUAG